GGGAGGGCACUGUAGAAGCGGUGGAGGCUGGAGCGCCCUCGGGCCUCGGCUCCAGAAGAUCUGGUAGAGUUGGCGGCGGCGGGGACAGCGGGAACGGAGGCAGCCGAGGCCAAAGUGGCGGGAUGAGCACGGGCCGCGGAGGAGGCCACAGGAAGAGGCCUCUUCUCCAAAUUCCCUCAUGGAAGAAUUGGCUACAGUGUGUGAAUGUCCCUUAUGGAGGGACUGGCUGCAGAAUUUGAAUCUUUGGAAAAGAAAGCCCUUUUCUCAAGGUGAAAGGAGUGCUGUGAACUUCUCAGGGCCUGAUCAUUCUUGGUAAACCAUUGAUGCAGAAGACUCCAUAAUCUCCAUCUGCCCUAAUGCUGUCAUCUGGAGUAGACACUCAGCCAGUUCCGCUUGCUUCCUCCAUGUCUGCUGUGGUACAGGGGCUGUACUCUGAACUUUCAGUGAGUGUCUCCAAAGAGCUUCACGCUGAGCAGGAGCCAAGUAAGAUUCCAGAUGUAAAGCCUGGAACCUCAAGCUCUCCUGUGAGUCAUGGCAGGGCCUCCCCCCUGGGGUGGCAGAGGACUCAUGCAGAAAGUUGUCCUGAAGAAAGCUCUGAGACCUUGGAUUAUGGGGGCAAGAAUGGGUGGUGUGGACUAGUGGACCCUACAAGAGAUCCUGUGGCUUAUGAGAUCGUGGAUAGGGAAGACGGACCCGAGAGCAUGGAGCCACAGGUCUUCAGAGAUCAAGGAGACCAGGAGCAAGUUUUCAGAGGCCCAUGUGAGGGAGCACAGGAAGACCCGUGCCAGCAGUCCACAGCUACUAAAGAAAAGAUGGGCCCCCGUCAGGAUAUCCUCCUGAGACAAUCCAGCAAAGGACCUAUGUGUGCAGACCUCCCUGGAGAUCCACGAACGAACAGAGGAAAUGUACAUAAUACAACUGGAGCUCUGCCAGAACCCACAGAAGAGAGACAAGGGAACUGUGCUGUUUCCAGAAUGAGCAAGCGGAAGGAAGAGUCUUGUGACUCACACCCUGUCUGUAAAGAAGAUGACAAUCACCCGCAGAGUUCCAGCCACUGCCAGGAAAAGCACAGCUCUGCACAUGACAGUUCUCUCACUACAGGAAGCGGAGAUACUAUAAAACCCUCAGAAGAAAAUUCUAAAAUGUUAUUUCUCACACCAUAUUUGUCUGGUCCAAAAUCGUUAGAAAACUGUGGUUUUGAAAGCAGUCGAUUGAUAAAGGCUUCUGCUGAAAAAAUGCACAAGGUUGAUCAAAGCAAGGACUUCACUUGUGGAGAAGAAAUGACUAUGGAAUCCAGUAACCAUAGCAGCUGUCACACUCAAGCUAGUUGUCCCUGUACAGACAGAUGUGGUUCUAUGCUUAACUCUUUUACUGAAGCCACAGAAAUUAUGUUUAAAAAAAAUGAUGUGAAAAUUACUUUAGACCUUCAUGGUGAUUUGAUAAACUCUGAGGACCAUAGAAAAACUGUUGUUGCUAUGACCCAUCCUGAGAAACACUUUGAGGAAAGCAGCUUUUCCUUAUUUAAGGUGCAUAUUGAAGAUCCUGAACAAACUACUGUAAAGUCCAGUGCAUUAAAUGGGAAGAUUUCCAGUAAAGAUGCUAAGUCUGUAGUCUGCAUCCAGAGAAAUCUGGGUGACUCUCUGCUAAAUAAGGCAUUAUGCAGCAAUUUUCUGUCUGAAAGAAAGCCCCUUCAGAGUUUGAUGCCAGAAGAUCCAGUAAGUUCUGAACAUAAUGAAAUAUCAAAACCCAAGAAAGGUACUGCAAAAUUAUCAUCUCCAGAAAAACCUGUUCAGACCUCAUGUGACAGCGUCUCACAUUUCAGUGACCCCAACAUCACCAGUGAGAUGUGUGUAUGCUCCCCUGACCGAGCACACAAAAUAGAGCAUGAAUGUGUUCCACAUCUACAAGUGUCCCUUAGUUCUCAAGACCAUGUGACAACUGACUCUCUACCCUGUAGAAACAGAGAAAUGCCUUCAGCAACAUGCAGAGAUAUUCAAGAGAGCCAUCAUUGUCUGGAGAAUGGAGUAAAUGUUACCCCUGAUACUCAAACCAUUCCUGCUGAGUCAAAAACAGAAGCCAUGUCCCCACAAGGUGACAAAGCCUGUGGUGCCUCUUCAUUCGUACAAACCUUCAACAUCAAAACAAGCUCAGAAGGGCAAAAGGAAGUCACUGGUGUACAUUCCACGUUAUCCUCAAGUGUGAGGGGAGCAGCUGGCUCUUCCUUUGUCACUGAAUGUCAAAGUGUCCCAUCUCAGGAUAUCUUCAGCUGUCACUGCAUAACACAAGAUGCAUCUGAAAAGAGCAUGUGUUCUGCUUUCGAUGCCUGUGAACCUAGAAGAGAUAUUCUGAAAGUCCACAACUGUAAAGUAGAAUGUGGAAAUGCAGCUCAGUAUGGCAAUCACUGCUUCCAAAGACCGGAAGGUUUUGUAGAAAAUAGCACCCUCUUGGAGAGUGAACCUGCUGGGAGAGAGGUGCAGAGCAGCGUCCUGGGAGGCACGGGCAGAAGUGCAAUGGCAGCAGCUGUGUCACAUAGUGGUUUUCUGAACGCAGCUACUCAUGCGGAAACCAGUGACGAAGGACUAGUUAGAAAGAAACCAGAUCAACACAGAGACACUGAAACUUAUAAACACAGCAUCUCUGCUUAUGACACACAAGAACUAAAGCAGUCUGCACACAUUCCAAGUCCUGAAACCUUAGUGGACCAGUCUCUGAGUGUUCCUUCAUCUCAUUUUAAGACCAUGUACCAAGCAGCUGAAAGUCUUCACCAGAAAGCAGAUGAAGUCUCUGACUGCCAGAGUAACCAAAAUAGUCUAGACAGAUGCAGAUGUGAAGGUGAGCCAGCCAGGGAAGACGGCAGUGGUGACUACCGAGAGACCUUCCCUGAGCUAAGCCACAAGCCAAAGGAUCUGAUAGUCAGUUCAGGCAGUAAAGUCCCUCAGUCUUGUAGUAGUUUAAAGAUAAAAGAUCCCAAAAGAGCCUUUGAAAAUGUUCCUGGUUCUGAAGAGUUCACACACAGUAUGCUAGAUGCUAUAUGUCCAGACUGCACAGAUGAACCUACAGAGGGAGUGCUGGAUACAGAAUCACACAGUCUAUCUGGUCAUGGUACAAGUCAAGAUACACUGGCAUGCCACGAGGCUUUAAGAAAUAGCUCGUCUCUUCGAGAACUGAAUGUUGUAUUUAAAGGUACACCUGCUUGGCACUCAGAACUCCCAACUGCUGUAGCUUCAGUAGACUCUCCUGAAAUACAAAAAUCACGUGAAGAAAAAGUAUGCAGAUCUCUAAAAGACUAUGAAAUGGAAGAAUGUCCAGACUCUGCCGUUGAUCAUGAAGUAAAAUCUGUUGUAGAUCAUGAACCAAAAAUACGAGCCCUGGAUAGAGGAAGUGUAUCUUUAAAUUAUAUUCAUUGUGAGCAUCAGCGUCAAGGAGGAUCUGUGAUAGAAGAACAGAGACUUGAAGCAAAUUCUGAGUUUGGCAAGAAAAGAACCUUUGGAUUAUCCUUAAAAGACGCAGUGUCUCCUGGGUGCCAAGACUCUACCAGGGUGGUGCAUUCUUGUCUGUCUUCUCAGGAACAUUCACCAGCUGAUGCUCAUGAUGAAAGGCCUAACAGGAAACAUCACUUCAAACCCAAAGAUGGUGAAAUGCUUUGUGAAAAUGUCAAGGAUUGCACAGUUCUGUCUGACAUGAAAGAAGGAAUACCAAUGGAUUUAAGUAACCCUAGUGAAGAAGAUAGCACAUGCAUCAGUGUGGACAAAAAUGUUUGCAAAACUUGUCGCUCUCGUAAGAAUUCUAUUGAUAAACAUUUGUCUAUGACAAUGGAAAUAGCAAUUAAAAUGAAUAAAGAAGAAACUAAAGAACAUCAGAAGGAACUACUGGGUCACAUACCUGUUGGGGAAGCAUCUGAAGAGACCAUCACCAGAGAAGGUCAUGAUGGUAAUUCUCAGACCCACUUGAAAUGCCAGAGAUUGCAAAAUGUUACUGAAGUCCCACAAAACCAGGGAACUGUGGACUGUGCCUUGCCCAAAGACGAGCGCACACUUCAAAAGGGCACAUAUGCACUGUUGGAACAACAUACAUCAUCAAAGAUGUUUUCAGAUGAGAUGCAAAACAAGAAGCAACCAGUGGCUGACCAAGAUGAGUCCAUCAUGAUGGGAGCAGUCACCCUAAGAAAGCCAUCCAAGGACAAAAAAAACAGACAGCUCCAGAGGUUGAAAUCCCCCAAAGAAGAAAGUUUAUGUCAUUCAUUAAAGAAAGACAUUGAGUUAUGCACAGGUACUUGCCUUCCUGGUGCCUCCUGGAAAGAACAUGACCCCAGCUUUGCUGGAGGUGACCGAAUACACGGUGCCUUCGUGACUCUGUCAUAUCAGCAAAGAUUGCUUCCUGUAAAGAAGCAGCCUCAUCGAACCUGUAAGAGAAUUUCCUGUCAGGAGCCAGUCACUGUGCGGAGAAAAAUAAAUAAAGUGAGAAAUUCUGAUUGUGAAAAGAUUUUCUCCAACCCAAUCCCCACAAAAGCACACAGACUUCUCAGCCCAUGUACUGUGCCUGCCAAGCCAUUGGAACCCGAAACUGUAGCUAGUAGCGAGAGCUUGUGUAGCCACAUACCAAAGCCGAAGGCUACUCUGUGCCAUUCCUUGAGGAGCCUGAGUUGUAGGAAGCCUACCAAAGAAUCAGCCUUACUCAACAAGCUGUCUGUCCUUGCCUCCAAACUGACUCUAGCAACAAAGCCCCAGAAACUCAGAUAUCGGCGAUAUUCCUCUUCCCUUGUUCCAUUGGCUAAAAACUACAAGCGCCUCAGAUAUAAAAAGCUCCUAGAUGGAUUUUCACACAAUGCAAUGCAGCUGGACCCAUAUUUGGCAGCUACUGGAUGGAAUAGGGGGUCUAACAGUAGGCCCUUGGCACUUUAUUCUCUUGAAGCUGUUAAGAUGAGCUUCAUAGAUUUGAGCAACAAGAUGCCGUCACUGCUGUUUGGUAUUGAAAACGUUCCAUUUUCCUUUCAUGUGAAAUCAGCAUCCGGUUGCAUGGCUGAGUCCUCCAGGACUUUUCCUGAGCACUGUGCUCCAUCAAGGCUUGCCUUAACAGAGGCCUCCCCGUGCGCAGCUCCAUCUCCCAAGUGGACCUUCUCUUUUUUCUUGUCCCAUGGUUGCCCUGGGAUGGACACAUUCAGGGAAGACACUGGCCUCAGUAGUCAGACACACACUCAGGCUCCUCUCGGAGAUUACGGAGGCACUGCCAUAGUUGAGACCAGAGCAGACUGCUCUGACCUUGGCCUUCACACACUUCUAGCACUUUGUUCACCCGGAUGUUACCGAAUCUGGACAAAAAGACGGAACUUCAACAGUUCUAUGCCUAUCAUGCAGAGGCUCUUCUUGACCCAGUUUACACAGGGCCUAAAAGGGUUAAGGGCUCCAGCCUCUAUAGCAGAUAAGGUCUUCUGUUCUCUGCCCUACUCGGUGGGCCGAGUGUUGUCCAUUUGGAGCCAGCACGGGCCCUCUUGGACCUUCAGAUUGCCAGCUCUUGGUUCCACUCACAGCAAGCAGCAGGGGAGCCUGAGCACCCCCAGCAGCCACACCACCAUACCAAAUGUGCCUCUUCCAGGCAUGGAAGCUGUCCACGGCACCAACAGUUGUUACCUGAGGCUAGAGCGUGUGUUUCCUGCCUUGGUGCCAAAGUCUUGCUUGGUGACAGAACCCGCUGUCAGCACGCUCCUGCUCUCGGCCUCUGAGCUCCCAGUUCCUGGGUUUGAUGAGUUGGAUGUUGUGUCAGCAACUUGCCCCCGACCACAGAGCAGCCCUGCACAGCAGAACGAGGCUGAGCCAGAGAAGAGACCAAAGAAAGUCUCACAGAUCCGAAUCCGGAAAACCAUUCCUAAACCAGAUCCCAACCUUACCCCCAUGGGCCUGCCUCGGCCCAAAAGAUUAAAGAAGAAGGAGUUUAGUUUAGAGGAAAUCUAUACAAACAAGAAUUACAAGUCUCCUCCUGCAAGCAGGUGUUUAGAGACCAUCUUUGAGGAACCCAAAGAACGGAAUGGCACCUUGAUCUCUGUCAGCCAGCAGAAACGGAAGCGAGUUCUGGAAUUCCAAGACUUUACGGUCCCUCGAAAGAGACGAGCUCGAGGUAAGGUGAAGCUGGCCGGCAGCUUCACCAGGGCCCAGAAGGCGGCUCUGCAGACUCAAGAGCUGGAUGCUCUUCUGAUUCAGAAGCUGAUGGAACUGGAGACUUUCUUUGCCAAGGAGGAGGAGCAGGAGCAUCAGCCAGCUGCUGAGAACAGUUCGGGGUCUCCAUUUUGAACUUUUGUAGACCUCCCUGGAAGAGGUUCCCUGAUUUUAGCCCUGUGCCCAAACCACUCACGAUGCCCAGCCCGUGAAUUUUUACUUAUUUCAAGGUGCAGCCUUUUUAGAAGCUGGUGAAGAGGGCCCUCUAAUUCUACUGCUGAGUAUAGAGCCUCAGGAAUGCUCCCUUCUCCUGGGAAUGGUCCUGAAUGACCUCAGGCCACCUCCUUCCCAGUUCCCAACAGGUGGAAAAGCCACACUCUUAAGCAACACUAGGAAUCUAAGGACUUGGUGUCUGUGCGUUCACAUGAAAGUUCCUCUCUGUUUAUGGUGCUGCUCGUCCAAGAUGACUUAGAUACCUGGCCUGGGGGGAAGGGGACCUGGCUGCCCUGCCGGGGGAGGGAGGACCUGGCUGCCUGGCCUGUGUGUUCUCACCAGCUUGUUAUGGUGAUUGAGAAAGAUGAACUGGUGUGUUUUCUGACUUUGAUUCUUGUCUGCCCAGGACCUUUAUUCUGAGAGAAUGUGUGUUUGUGUGUGUUUGUGGCUUUUCCCCCAUCUUUUCUCCCAUCUGUGACUGUGGGUCACUAGUGCCAGAGGAGCCCAUCCCGGCCCCAAUGUAAGUUGCACUUUUUAAUGUUAUAGUGUUGAUUAUUUUCAUCUUUUCUUUUUUGUUUUUUUAUUAUUGCUGCAUGUUUGGGAUCUCUAAAUGUGAUUUUUAAACCAUUUUGUAAGACAUUAAGGAGAAAGACAAUAUAUGUCUUAGGACAAUAUGUGACAGGCAUUGGUCAGCACAUGGAGGGGCAGUGUUUCCAGUCGUGUGUUUCAGGCAGGCCCUCCCUCCCCACCUUUUUGUGUAGCUCACUAGAGAAAGCACUUUUCUCCCUCUCCUCAGUCCCACCCACUGAAUACAUAUAUUUGUUUAGUGACAUACAUAAAAGCAGACUUCUUUUAUAACCACUUGAAAACUGUUGAGGUGGAGUGUGGUUUUCUCUGAACUGCUGGGAUAUGGUGGAGUUAGGAGCAGUGGUGUGAGAGGCUGGCCAAGAGCAUUUUCAGCUGCUUAAGUGCCUGGCUCUGUAACAGGCCGGAGCCAGCACUCCAAGAGUGCCUCAGUACUCUGGUCCUUUGUCAAACCUGUUGGAAGCGUUUGCAUGCUAGAAGUAGCAGUUUCUAGGUUUGUGCCCAGAGGAGUCUGCAGGUGGUAGGCUGCCGUUGUCUGAGCAGCAGGCCCUCAGAGCUCACCGUGCUCCCUCCUCCUACUGUGUCCUCACCGUGCUCCCUGUCCUUGUGUUUUCUCGUCCCAGUAUCUCUCCCAUUCAUUCUUCAUACCUGCUGCUCAGAGUUCGGAGAGCCCGCUGAUGGGUAAGAUGCUCAAGCCGGCCGCUGAACAAUGGUCAUUUCUUCCCAUUCUCCUAGCUUGGUCCAGGGACAUUUCCCUGUCCGUCUGUAGACAAGAGUCAGCAGUGCUGACCUGGAAUGUUGGCCAGUGCUCUUCGGACUCUUUCAUUCCCUAUUUGUCAAUGGCUAGGGAGAGGGGGGGUGCCAUUUUGGGGUCUUUAUGUGCCUUUCCUUUGCAGGUUGGUGGUCUGGGCCACCCUGAAACAGUAAACUGGACAUGAGCAGGGGAAAAUGUAUCAAGUCUUUCAUCUCCUCAGCUGUUUAAAUAAGUUAAUACACACCUGCUUGUCUGUGGAGACUUGAAGGCCAUGGCUCCAUUACAGAAGAGAGCAGGCUAGUUUGCAUGCUGGACCUCAGCAGUGUGUGCAGAUCCCGGUUUACACAUGUUGACCAGACCUACAAAUGUGACCUGUGUUCCCUUGUUGGGGUGGGAUUUUUAGUUACUCAGUGCUUCUGAGCUCUGUUGUUACUGCAGGGAAUGGAAUGAGUUAAUGACUAGUGUGGCCUGGAAAAGGCUGGAAACACUAGUCUGGACUGUCAGCAUUGUAGAGCACAGGACUAGAGAGACCUAACUCUAUCCCUGUCCCGGGAAUGGGAGGAGGAAAACGGUCAGCUUGGCCUGCCCUCCAGCAAAGGCCCAUCUGCUUCAGAACUAGGAGACUCGGCCUCACCUGUCUUACCAUUAUGUCUCACAGCAGUCAGCCAGCCUCAGGGACACCUUAGUGUUCUUGGAACCUGUGGUCUCUGACCUUGGCUGGAGGUAGUGGCUGUUGGCUUGUCACCUGCCAAAACUAUAGAUUGGUUCUGUAAUGGGAAUUGGUAGAAUUUCUUGGACUUCCCACCCAAGUAAUGAGAAGCUGCCCUUAAGCACAACUUACUUAACUAUAGCUCACCUUCAGAAGGUCAGUGUUUUAAUGAUUACGGAGAAAGAAGAGUAAUCUCAGGUCCAGCCAGAUUUCAGUUGUUUCCUUGGCCACCUUUCAGUCUCACUGGAGCAGCCUCCUUCCUCACUAGUGCCUGUCUUCUCUCCCUCCCCGCUGUCCCGCCCUGUCCCGCCCCGCCUCAUCUCUCCAUCCGUCUAGAUGUACCUCAUCACCUGUUAAAGCAGAUUGUGUCUGUCUUCCUGCUGCCCUUAUUGUGAGAGCUGACUGAGAGGGAGGUGCAGUGGGAAGAGAUGUAGCUUUUGCCUUACUUGAGCCUGAAGAGCUCAGAAACUCAUGCUGUGAAUCCUAAACUUUGUGCUCCUCCAAGAGCUGUGAAAAUCAUGACUUUUUUUUUCCCACAAUUUUGCCUGAAAGGGUCUUUUGCGAGGGCUCCAGAGCCAACCUAAGGUCAAUUCUAGAUCCCACCCUCUGGGCAUCCUUCCCCUGGGUGUCUCCUCUGCCCACCAUGCUAAGAGCAGUAGCAAGCCUGCAAGGCUGUGGCAGCAGGUCCGGGCUGCAGUGCAGCCAAGUGGACACAGCCCUCCAUCUCCCCAGGCAGGGCUCGUCUCUUCUGUGCCGUGUGCAUUAAGAUCUGUGCAAGACCAACUUUUAGGUCAUGGUACUUUCCUCCUGGUACCUGGGGGGAGGAAAGUAUGCAGUUGGUGCUUUCUUUAAUAUCCUUUGUUUCUAUAGCUUUUCCCCUGGUAUCAUGAAAAGGGCCUUUUUAAUGACCACGUUGUGGGUGGCUGUAUCCAAAGCAUAACUAAUUGGCCAGAGAUAUGGAAUGUCCUCACCAGAAUUCCUGUCAGGAGAGGGCUGCUUUCCUGGACUGAACUUCUAUAUAGAACUGGCUAGGAAGGCAAGUUAAAUUUUGUUCAAAUCACAAUUAAUUAAUAUUCCAACUUACCCGCACUUUGACCAGCAAAAGCUAUCUUGGUUGUGAAGCUUAGGGUCCUCAUUUAGCUGCCUUCCAGCCCAGCAUGCCAGGAUCGAAGGCUUGUUUGUCUUUAUAAGACUGUCUGGUGUUGGCUGGAUUUUAAUUCUCAACAAGAGGCCCCUUGAGUUAGGAUCUGGGCCAGUAAGUUGCUGUCCCAAGUGUUCCUGUAUUAUCAUGGCUAAUAGUUGAGUGAACUGUGUCCAUCUCUGGUAAUGCUAGUAUACAUGAUACCCUGCAGUUCCUUUUCUGUUUGAUAGUUUGUGACUCUAAAUGCCCACUGUUACAUUAAUUAAUUUAUGGAAAUAAAUUUUUCUUGAAAACUGUUCAGAUAAUUGUCAAGGCUAUUUUGUUCUUUAAAGUUUUGUAGUAGAUUUGAAUUUUACCAGAAAUAUUCCAUGCAGAUUAGACAUGUUCCCUCCUUAGUAGAUGUGCUUGCUGCUCCUGUGACAGGGCCUCCCUCACAGUCCUGCAUGGUCACCUCCAUCUCGCCAUCCAGAGCUUUGCAUUCCCAGACCAUUGGUCUUGAACGUGGUCCCCUCCCAUUCCAUGUCUACUGCCCGCACACCCCAAGGCGUUUUGUUAUGGCUUUACCUCCCUGUCUGUGCUAACAACUGUAACAAAAGUUCUUCGGGAUCAGGACAUUUCAUUUUCUUAGCUCUAGUCCCUCCUGGUCUCUUUAGUUCCUAGAACAAUGUUUGAUAUUUACAGCUGUUUACCGCCUAAACAUCAUUUUGGUCAGUGGACUGCAUAUUACCAUAAGAUGGUAAUGGAGCUGAAAAAUUCCUGUGGCCUAGCGAGGUCACAGCUGUGAUGAUGUGUUCUACUCAGGUCUUGGUGUUGGUGCAAACAAGCCAGUGCAUUGCCAGUCUUGUAAAAAUGUAGCACAAUUGUGUACAGUGCAUACUUGAUAGUGCUAAUAAAUGACUUACUGAUCUAUGUAAA